UUGCAAUAGGCUAACCAUACAAACCAAACUGGUUUGAUGUGCAUGUAGUUGAGGUGGUGAGACUAAAGCGCUAAAAGACGCGCAACCUUGGCAAUAUCAGGAUACAUUUGACCACAUCUGCUAACCAUGGCCAGGUCGCAGUGAGCUGUCAAAAUGCCCUUACCCACAGUGCAUUGUUUUUCCUUAGCCUCUUGCAAUCGGAUGGAGCUCAUAGACAGUGAAAAGAGGUAGUCCUACGUCUGCAUCCCUUUCUACCUCCUCUGCCUCCCUCCCCCUCCUCGCUCAGGCGCUGCCUUAUCCACUCGGCUUGUUAUUACACUGAAAUCGUUUUUUUUUUUGCUACAGUACAAGGUUUGCAUGGACAAUGAUGCAAUCAGCUGAGGAUAUGUUAUUAUAAUACGGACGUGUAUGUUAAGAGUGUGCCAUUCAAGACAGCGAUAAUAAGAGUGGUAACGGGAAGUCAAAGGUCCCCACAUUGUACCGCCAGCCCACCUGCUGACCAGGCCACUUACAUGCGUCUCCCUGUGUCAGACUCAAACACCAGAAUGAACUGUGAGCAGGACUUCGGAGAAGGGGGCAUGAAUGUGACCCUCACUCUCAGGCUGCUCAUGCAUGGGAAGGAGGUUGGAAGCAUCAUAGGGAAGAAAGGAGAGACUGUCAAGCGAAUACGGGAAGAGAGCAGUGCCCGCAUCAACAUCUCAGAGGGUUCUUGUCCAGAACGGAUUAUAACCAUCACAGGCCCCACUGAAUGUGUGUUCCGAGCCUUCACCAUGAUCACAGUCAAACUGGAGGAGGACCUUACUGCUCUUGUGGCCAAUGGGACAGUCUCCAGCAAACCUCCAGUCACCUUACGACUGGUUAUUCCUGCCAGCCAGUGUGGCUCACUCAUUGGAAAGGGUGGUUCAAAAAUCAAGGAGAUCAGAGAGAGCACAGGAGCUCAGGUACAGGUAGCUGGAGACCUCCUUCCAAACUCCACUGAGAGAGGUGUCACAAUAUCUGGCACACAGGACGCCAUCAUCCAAUGUGUCAAACUUAUCUGCACUGUAAUAUUGGAGUCCCCCCCAAAAGGAGCUACUAUUCCAUAUAGACCAAGCCCAACACCUGGAGUGCUUCUUGCUGGAAAUCAGGUACACGGAUUUACCCAGGUGUUUGAAAGCUCUGAAUUUGGGUCACAUCCUCUUUUAUCAGUCACGCAAGGGGGUCUGGAUCUACAACAAGCAUACACAUUACAAAACCAAUAUGGCAUUCCACACUCAGAGGUGGCUAAACUGCACCAGUUGUCCAUUCAACAGGGUAUUACCUCCAUGGGCCAGCCUGUCCCUCCAAUUCUGCCUGCAGUAGAGUCCAACUCCCAGUCCACGUCCCAGGAGCUCCUCAUUCCAAAUGACCUUAUUGGGUCCAUCAUUGGCAGACAAGGAACCAAAAUCAAUGAAAUCCGGCAAGUUUCAGGGGCACAGAUCAAGAUUGGUAGCCAGCUGGACAGUACCAGUGAUCGGCACGUCACCAUUACAGGCUCCCCCAUCAGCAUCAACCUGGCCCAAUAUCUCAUCACCUCCUGUUUAGAGACCGCCAAAUCCACCGCCCAGUCCUCUUCCAUGUCGUCCCCUGUUGACCUGAACAUGAGCUUCACCCAGCCCACCUCCCCUGCUUCGUCCUCUACUGCAGCACUGGCAGCGAUGGGUGGUCUGCCCCAUGCUCCAAUCCUGGGUACCCCCUAUGCCUUUCCCCUCUCCAGCCUCCUAGGAAUGAAAUCCGUCCCCCUCCUGGCACUUUCCACCCCCACUGCCACAGCAGCCGCUGCAGCCCCCACGCAUGGGACCCUGGCAUCCUACACCGCUAAAAUAUCCUCAGCCAAUGGGAUCAAGAAGCCAGAAAGACAGAAGUUUGCACCUUACUGAUGUCUACACCUACUCUUACCUUCCUGGUCUUAUCACAUCCACGUUCCUCCUCUUCUCCUGACCCCAGCAGGUGAAGUGUUGGAACCAGGGUGCUUUUCUGUGGCGCUUCCUUACUCUUCAUCUACUGCAGCCAUUGUAGUCAACCUGAGACAAUGCUAUCAGUCCUUAUCUUUACUCUUAUUUCCAAAGGACUGUAAAACAACAGUGGCUAACAUAGACAGAAAUAAUGUUUUCUGGCUAAAAAGCCUCUAAAGCCAUAAAUUGAUCCUUCUAACUUCCCUCGCAACACCUCAGUUUUCCCCAAAUCUACUGUCUCUAUUGAUCUUAUUUAUUGAUAUUAAUGUAUUAUCCCCUUACUAUUUAUGACACUAGUGACUGAUGUGCAACUCUCUAUAUCAGCUUUUUAUGAUUACAGCGCCAUUCCCAUUUAUUGGCACCCCUGGUAAAAAUGUGCAAAAAGAGGUAGUAAAAAUAAUGUUUUGCCGUUUUUAUCUUAGUUUGAACAAUGAGGAAAAAUUCAACCUUGAAUGGAAGCAAAUUCAGUGUGAGAAAAAAUUCUAGUCCUAACGAAAAAAUCCAUAGCAAAAUAAAUAUUUUUAACAAAAUCACACAGGCCACAAUUAUUGGCGCCCCUGUGUUUAAUUCUUUUUAGCCUCCAUUCAAAAUGAAAGUCUUCUCCUAUAACAUUUCAUAGUUGUCAAUUACAAAGCAGGGGAUUUGAGAGCAUUCCUCUUUCCAGAACAUCUCUGGACCAUCCUCUGGUUUUUUUAUGGAGUUCGGGAAACUGAGAUACCUAUGGCAGACACUUGAUUUUGUGUUCAUUUAACCAUUUUUGCAUAGAUCUGAAUAUAUGUUUUGGAUCAUUGGCCUGCUGGAUGAUGCAAUCAUGAUCUAUUCUGUUUGCAUGGAGGUCACUUCUGAUGGGGUUUUUUGCCAGACAUAGUGACCCCUAGAUGCUUAUCUGAAUGUAUAAUACCCAUUUCCUGAGUUACCGACGUCAAUACACUUUUCCCUUAUUUGAAUUGAGUAUCCUCUUGUCUUUCCCAUGUUGAAGAGUGACUAUUCGCCUUAUUCGACGCUACAGGGUACACUUUCCAUCACACCUCAGUCCAGCAGAUGGUGGUAAUGCACUCUAUUUGCAACGUAUACGAAAAAAGAAAAAAGCUCACAGUAAAAGAAGAAGGGUUCACUGGCCUGUCAGAGUAACCUUCUUCUUCAGUGAGUUUGCAAACAGAGUGUAUUACCACCAUCUGCUGGACUGAAGUGUGAUGGGAUGGUGAAGCGUACCCUGUAGUGUCGUUCUGGCCGCCGGGUGAAUAAGGCGAAUGGGGUGUUUAAUCUCUUUGUGACUUAAUUGUUAUACCAUAAAGACUUAAUAGAAUGGAUGAAUGGAGUAUUUUAUCUUGUUCUGUGAGGUUACUAGAGAAGUAACGUCAACUAUGGUCUAUCAAAAAAUGCUCAGAUGUUAUUUUACAAGCCCAUUUACAACCCUAUACUGUAAUUAGGUUGUAAUUGUAAAAAGGCGACAUCUAAUUUUUACUUGCUCUAAUCUAAUAAUUACUUGCCUUGCAGCCAAUGACUACUAACCAUAGCUUUUCUGAAUCUCAACUGAAGUGAAACGUUAUGCUUCAAAACCAGUUUACCAUCGCGAUAGACCCAUACACAUGGAGCUGUGCAUCAUUGAGCCAGAAUCGGAGAAGAAAUGUCCCUCAAACAUUGGAAUUAAAUGUUUCUGUGUGCCUUUGGUACAUUUUCUCUACUGUCACCCAGCCAAGACACAAAGCAUAACCAUACCCCAGACACCAGUGGCGAUUGCUGCUCUUUGGAACAGGGGAAGCUCUGAUAAAACUGGUCAAUUAUUAAAUUAAUAUUAUUAAGGUGCUAUGUUGUUCUUUGAGGGCAAAAAUUAUCCCAAAACCCAGAAUAGGCCAAA